AAACAAAAAAUAAAGAUGAUGUUCAACAAUGUUGAUCUCUCUGUUUCCUCAUAUGAUACCGCUUGGGUGGCCAUGGUCCCUUCUCCAAAUUCCCUGAAGGAUCCUUUUUUCCCUGAAUGCCUAAAUUGGUUAUUGGGUAACCAACACCAUGAUGGUUCAUGGGGUCCUCAUAAUUUCCAUCCCUUGUUAAAAAAGGAUGCUCUCUUAUCUACUUUAGCAUGUAUCCUUGCAUUAAACCGAUGGAGCGUUGGUCAAGAACAAAUUAACAAGGGACUACAUUUCAUUGAGUCAAAUUUAGCUUCAGCUACUGAUGAAGAGCAACAAUCGCCUGUUGGAUUUGAUAUAAUAUUUCCUUCUAUGAUUGAAUCUGCAAUGAAUUUGGAUAUGAAUCUUCCCCUCCGAGGAUCAACCCUAGACGCUAUAUUUCGAACGAGAGACUUUGAGCUUCAAAGAGGUUAUGGAAGCAACUCAGAGGGAUGGAGAGCCUUCCUAGCAUAUACUUCAGAAGGAAAUGGAAAGUUUCAGGGUUGGGAGACGGCCAUGAAGUAUCAACGGAAAAACGGAUCCUUGUUUAAUUCACCUUCAACCACAGCUGCUGCUUUUACUCACCUUAAGAAUCCCAGUUGUCUUACGUAUUUACGCACACUCUUAGAAAAGUUUGGGAAUGCAGUCCCAACAAUUUAUCCUCUAGAUAACUAUGCUCGCCUUACUAUGGUUUCCAGUCUUGAAAGUUUGGGUAUUGAUCGACAUUUCAGGGCGGAAAUUACAGGUGUACUGGAUGAAACAUACAGAUUCUGGCUGCAGGGAGAUGAUGAUAUAUUUUCAGAUGCUGCCACUUGUGCAAUGGCAUUUCGACUCUUACGUGUUAAUGGAUAUGAUGUUUCUGCAGAUCCAUUAACUCAAUUUUCAGAAGAUUGCUUCUUCAAUUCCCUUGGAGGAUACUUGAGGGAUGUUGGCGCUGCGUUAGAAUUGUUUAGAGCUUCAGAAAUCACCCUACAUCCUGAUGAAUCAGUUCUGGAGAAACUAAAUUACUGGACGCGUCGCUUCCUGAAACAAGAAUUAUCCUCUAAUUUAAUUCAGGCACAUAGACUCAAUAAGCAUAUUGGCCAAGAGGUGGAUCAUGCUCUUAAGUGUCCUUACCAUGCAAACUUGGGUCGGUUGUCAAUCAGGAAAGUUACAAAGCAUUACAACGCAGAUAGUACAAGGAUUCUAAAAUCUUCUUACAGUUCUUUGAACAUUGGGAAUGAAGAUUUCCUAAAACUGGCAGUGGAAGACUACAAUUUUUGCCAAUCUAUACAUCAUGGAGAAUUCAACCAUUUUGCAAGGUGGGUUGUGGAGCACAGAUUAGACAAGCUAAAGUUUGCUAGGCAGAAGCAGCCAUACUGUUACUUCUCUGCUGCUACAAGCCUCUUCCCUCCCGAACUAUCAGACGCCCGAAUGUCAUGGGCCAAAAGUGCAUUUCUGACGACUGUUGUUGAUGACUUCUUUGACAUUGGAGGUUCGGAAGAGGAACUGGUAAACCUUAUACAAUUGGUCGAGAAGUAUUGGUUGGAGUGCCUCAAGUCUAUGUUGAAGGAAGCUGGCUGGUCGAGAAACAAGUUGGAGCCAACAAUGGAAGAAUACAUGGCAAAUGCAUAUGUAUCACUUGCCUUGGGACCAAUCGUCCUCCCAGCUCUCUAUUUUGUUGGGCCCAAGCUUUCAGAGGACGUUUUAGGAAAUUCAGAACUCCAGCGCUUGUUUAUGCUUAUGAGCACUUGUGGCCGUCUUCUCAAUGAUAUCCAAAGCUGUAAGAGGGAGUUAGAGCAAGGGAAGCUAAAUUCUGUGUCAUUGGCCGUGAUUCAUGGCGGUGGUAUUGUUACUGAGGAAGAUGCCAUUAAUGAGAUUAAGAGUGUUAUAAACCGUAAGACGAAAGAACUGCUAAGAUUAGUUGUGCUGAAGAAGGGCAGCAUAGUUCCAAGAGAAUGCAAGAAUUUGUUUUGGAACAUGAACAAAGUGAUCCACCUGUUUUAUUGGAAGGAUGAUGGGUUGUCUGGAAAUGAGAUGAUGAAAGAUGUAAAUGAAGUAAUUGAUGAACUCCUCGUAUGA